AUCAUCAAACUCUCACAAUAUGUCUUUCGGAUUUUCUGUGGGCGAUCUCAUCGGCGCAGCUAACGUAACUUACCGUCUUAUCAAAGCGCUUCACGGUAGCCAAGAUGCGGGCGAAGAAUACCGCGCCGCAAUCGAAGAGUUGGGAUGUGUUCAGCAAGCAUUCAUUCGCGUCAGCUGUCUAGGCUCCAACAAGAAUUUUCCGCGCCCUACGUUUGAAUCGGCCUCAUGCAUAAUUAUGGGCUCCAUGGAUAUUAUUCAGUCGUUUUUGGAUAGGACAAAGAAGUAUGAUCGCAGGCUCGGAGGUCUGGGCUCGCAUGGUGGGCUUGCAGCUGGGUGGCGGAAGCUUGGUUGGUCGCUAUUCAAGGCUGAAGAUAUGAAGAAGCUGAGGGAAACGCUGCAUGCGAGACUAACGGCAUUGGGUGUACUCCUUGCGGCUGCGAAUCUAGAUACCGAUGAUGCGGCUACUCGAUAUCUGGGGACCAGUAGUUCCCGUCCGGACACAAGGGCUCAUGGAACAGUGAGGCAAUCGAGUGAUACGACUUCUGGACCGAGGCCUUCUGGUGAGGUGUACGGUGUAUCCGAGUCUACGUCUUCCGAAGUCAUUCUGGAAGACUUAUCACCUACGGACCACGAGACUGCCUCGUCCACCGGCGAAGGCAGCUCGGUGAAAUCUACCAAUAUUUCUUCUGCGUCGUCGAUCUUCCGCUUGUCGUCUUUCUCGUCUACCGAGCUGGUCUCCAUCAUAGCAGACCGGCAAAGUAGAGAAGAGAAGAUCAAAGAGGUCUCUAUGCUCCUGCGGACUCUCGUAUCCGUGGGCGACAAUCAGUUAGAGGCCACAGAUCGAGAGACCUUCUUACGCCUUCUUGACUCCAUUUGCGGGACCAACACACAACGAGACACAACUCCGCCUAUCAAAUUCAAAGACGCUGUAGGGAGGAAGUUCAGUUUCCCUUGGCGCCUCUGCCGGACCUGGAAGGGCAUGGAAGAAUUAAUCAAGCAGGCCUUUCUUCAUGUGGACGUCAUUGGCCCUCAUGUUCAAGAAGGGCAUUAUGAUCUUGUUGCUGAUGGCGAGAUCAUUCUCCCUCAGGUGUGGGAGAAUAUAGUGCAGCCUGACUGGUGUAUCACCAUGCAUAUGUGGCCUAUGCCAGAGCCCCCACCGCCGCCCCCGUCGCCGCCGCCACCACUGAGAUUACCACCGCCCAUAAGCCAAUUGCCGCUGGUAAAGAGCCCCUCAACACAGAGUGCUCCUAUCGAAACUGCGGUUGUGGAGAUCCAGGAGGCUUCUGAUGAAGGCGAGCAUGAAUUGCAUCCGGAUAGUAUAAUAGCGUAGAGAACAUUGAAAGGUGCCGGUACACUUACCAAAUCUCUUAGAUAAAGGGGAAACCCUCUGCCAUGUCUUGAGUCUUUACCUGCCAACGGUCCUCAAGAGAAGCUUUGCACAGUUAGACAUGCUAGAGUGUGCACCGCGGCCUACGUAACCUUCAACCUGAAUCGAUUGCUU